AUUGGAACGGAAAAAAGCAUCUCCCUGAAUAAAUCAAUUUGCUAUACAACGUGAUUAACCUGUAAUUGCCAUUACGUCGUUAAUUACAAUUUGUGUAUUGUCUUUCCAAUUAAAGAUCUAUCAACAAGAGUUCAUCAAUCAACAUACACAACUGAAGAAAGAAAAAAAACAAAAACACAAAAGGACAACGAUAUAUUUUUAUGGAAAAUUUGAUUGAAGGAAACAUGCAGACACAACCUGAUGUAUUGAUUGUCUUCCAAUGUACAGUGUGUGGUGAAAAUGACGAACUGUUAGGAGUUGACGAAACUGAAAUUACUCAGAUUAAUUGGAUUGCUGUCGAUGUUGUUGAAAAUAAGAUUUUAAGGGAAGGUGAAAUUCCAAUUCAUGGAAGUGAGAAAAAAGACGAAGAAAAAGAUGAAAAUGAAGAAAAAAAGGAAAAGAAUGAUAUCGAGGAGAAAGAAGUAGUCGUUGAAAAAGAAGAAGAAUCAGAAAAAGAAGAAAAAAAAUUAAGCAAAGAAAAAGUUCAAACAGAAGACAAUACAUCUAUUACUUUAAAAGAAGCUAUCUUACAGUUUAACGAAAUAGUGGAAGAUUUAUCAGCUGAUGACAAAAUUAUUCGAUUGGUGACGGAGAAUAAUUUACAUCUUCGCCAAUGUUUACAUCCACGUGCAUUCCAAAAUGAUAUAGAACUUUCUGAUGUAUUUUUCCAGUACUUUGAUAUCAGGAAGGAAUACAAAGCUUUCAGUGAAAAGUCAAUACCGUUUAAAAAUUUGAGAGAGAUUGCAGAAGAUAUGAUCAUCGAAUCAAGUGAAGAAGCGUUAACUAGUGCGGAAAGUAAAUGUCACUUCUGCGCAAGAGUCACACAACACCUUCUAAAAGAAGGCCACAAAUUCUCGAAAGCUGAAGAAAUCUCACGAGGUUUGGAAGCAGGAAUGACGACAGGUUAUGUUAAAGACGACACUAUUAUUCGAUCACGUGGGUUGCCAUGGCAAGUGUCGGAUGUUGACGUUGCAGAAUUUUUUGUCGGACUAAAUAUCGUUAAAGGUGGAGUGGCUUUGUGUUUAAAUUUGAAAGGUCGUCGAAAUGGUGAAGCUUUGGUUCGGUUUGAGAAUCAGGAACAAAGAGAUCUAGCUUUAAAAAGACAUAAGCAUCAUUUGCUUGGAAGAUAUAUCGAGGUAUAUAAAGGCACCGCUCAAGAAUUUCUGAAAAUCGCAAAAGGACCAGCUGGAGCUAUGCAUGCUGCAGCGACUUUCCUAACAAAUGGCGGAGAAGUUAUAAUACGCAUGCGCGGUCUUCCAUUUGACGCAACUAUUAAUGACAUCGUGACUUUCUUUGGAGAAUCUCCAAAGGUUUAUCAAGGAGAAGAAGGUGUUAUGUUGGUCUCUCAUCCUGAUGGAAGCUCCACCGGAGACGCUUUUGUUUUAUUUGAAACAGAACCUGAAGGACAACUAGCAUUAAAGAAACACAGGGAGAACAUCGGAAAAAGAUAUGUUGAAUUGUUCAGAAGUACGAGAGCUGAAUUGCAACAGGUGUUAACGAUGUACAACGUUGGAUACCAACUAAAUAAUCCGUUUGCCGGUCAAAUGUUUCAACCUACAGUACCCACGGUUAUGACAGAUCGGGCUCUCAUUAAUCAACGAUUGCAAGCUUUGAUGAAUAUGUCAUGUUUGCGCAUGCGCGGGUUACCCUUCUCUGCUGGUCAGAAAGACAUUCUCAAUUUCCUUGUUAAUCACGCAGACAAUGUGAUCGGAACAGUUCACAUAAUUUACAAUCUACAGGGUCGUCCAUCAGGAGAAGCUUUUGUUCAGAUGCAAAAUCCUGAUCAAGCUCACAAAUGCGCAGACGAUCUUCAUCUAAAGCAUAUGGGUGAACGAUAUAUCGAAGUUUUCCAAUGCAGUGUGCAGGAUAUGACAUGGAUGCUUGCUACAAGCCAUGCAAACCAGCUAGCAUCACAACAUUUGAAUCAAGCUAACAAUAACACAAAUAAAAACAACAGCAAUAACAAUGGUACUAACUAUCACCCACAAACGCCCUCUCCACCACCGCCACUCUUGCAAACAACGCAAUCGCCGCCAAUGAAUGGUCUUAUUAGCACACCGCCGCCAACCAUUACAACAAAUGGUUAUUUAACACCAAGUUUAUCUCCUGUACCAAUGUAUACAAAUCCUUAUCCACCGAUGUUAUCUCCAAUCCCGGCUGGAUUUUUGCCACCUCCGCAUUUAUCACCCACCCAUGGAGUGCCACCUGCAUUACCAGCCAUGCUGGGACAAAUGUACAAUCCUGAAUCAUUACAAUUUCACAAACACGCUAAUCAAAAUGGCGUGACGUAUAUAACGUUCAACUCGCCAGCGGAAGCCCAACGAGCGAUACAUGAUCGACACAGACACCACAUUAGUCACAUGUUUAUUGCUCAUUGAACCCUGGAAAAUAACGACCGCAUAGCAACAGCAUAGCAACAACGACCAAAAUGCAAGUCAGUAGAAGAGGAGUGUUUCACAGGGAGAACAUCAAAGAAAUGUCCAUGAACAGUAUUUUUCGUUUUGAUAUUCCAUGCUGUUCAAGUCAGAUUGUUGAUUUUAGAAAAAGUGGAGAGAUUGUGUGUGUAUGAUCUCACUCCCUAAGAUAAAACACAGAGUUUAUAUUUAUUUCAGUACUUUUUUCAAUCUUCGUAUAUCAUAAGCAGUUGUACUGUGAAAAUGAAUAUUUUUUUUUUUGCAAACAAAACUCUCCUUUUUGUCUUCCAGCGAUUAACGUUGUGUUGAAAUGCUCGUCCAUUUUUUCAAAACAACUGCAUUUUCCGCUUAUUUUGAAAUUUUUACCUUUUCAGUAUCUAAAUGUCUAUACGAAAUUUAUUUAUUUUAUCAUCGUAGUAGAAUAUUUUGAAGUUAUUUCCAGUCCGCGUUUUCAAAAAUUAUUGGACGAAACGAAACUGGUACCUAGAUAGUGGAUUUACGUGAAAAAGUUUUAUCAAUAAAUAUAAAAAAAAGAUAAUAAAGAAAUAAAUCCAAAUAACAAGGAUCAGAAACUUUAUCACAUAUCCACUUUGUUAAUAAAUCAAUAACUUGUACCCAAGCUUCUAAUUGUGUUUGCCUUUAAAAAUCAUGAAGUUUGGAUACAAGGUUGUAUAAUAACAACUAAUAAUGCCAUAUAAAAUGACAAAAUAUAAUUUUUAUUUAAAAUCUAGCUUUUAGAAAGCUUAUAAGUAGUAAUUAUACAUACCCAGAAGUAAAAAUACAAAACAUCAGAUGCUAGAAAUUUCUUUUGUCAAAACUAAUCUCUAUAAAACAUAAUCUCGUUCCUAGACCUUUUCAUCUCUCAAUGUUGCAGCGCCUUCACCGUCACUCAUAAUAAGGGAGCAAAAGGCUCUAGGAUCGAGGUUGUGUUUCAUUUGCAAGCCUUCUGCAGCUAUCCUUAAAUUUAUAUUCUGUAUUUUAUUUUUGUUUCAUUUACUACGAUAUGCUACGAUUACCUUUUUUUUGUUUGAAUCUCUACCACCCAAGGUUUAUUUGCAUCCAUAAAGGAAUCGAGUUUUUCGCAAGAAAAUACUUUUAGCAGCAUUUAAAAAUGUUUUCACCAAAGUUUGAGUCCCCCUCCCUCCCUUUGCAACAUUUAAAUAAAUUUUUGUCAUGAAUUUAUAAUUAGAAUUGUAAAUUGUAUUAUUAAUAAAAUUUUUUCACAGCUGA